AUGAUUCCCUUUCUUCCGUGCCUCCAAUGGAGGCUACCAGCGGCAGGAACGCCACGAGACAUCCUGGCAUUGCAGAUGCAGAGCUUUCUAGGGGCGGCCUGUUUGUUUCCGGCCGCGCCGAUGUCAACUACCUUGAUCCACUGUGACUGUCCCCAACCACGCUCAACUCCCCAUUUUUGUACUUGGGAUGAUUUGGUGCAAGGUAUAGAGGAGCAUGAUCAAGCAUGGCUAAAUAUAUUUGCAAGUAGAGAAGUUCUUGAGUCACACACUAAAGGAAGAGAGAUAAGCUUUUUCUCUUUGUUGUAUCAAAUCUAUUUGGAAGUGCUAAUUGAUGAAAUGUAUGUAGCAUUAGUAAUAGUUUUUUCAUGA